AUGUCACUGCAGAGAGUGGCGCAAGAGCUGCGCAACCAGUUCGCGGAUGCAGAUGUGAAAAAGAAGGACACCUCUCGCAAGUAUCAUGGAUACGUGGGAGAUCUCCUUGGAGAAAGCGAGGAUGAACCUCCGACGGCCGAGACCUCAUUCAACGCAGAGACGGAGUUGACCCCAGAGGGUUUAGCACUCUGGAGUGAGAAUGAGGAGGAGAUUCAGAAUGCCCUUGCAACUCUGCAGACUACAAGGCGAACCCUUCGAGAAGCUCGAGAGCGACAGAAACAGGUGAAACAGAGCCGUCAGUACUAUCGCUAUGGCUCCAAGAAGGGCGAGAGCUACUCACAGCGAGAGGACAGGAUCACCUGUCUGAAGUGUGGCAAGACAGGCCACAAAGCAGCAGCCUGUCCCAACUCUCCAGCACAGGCUUCGAUGGUGGAGAUGGCCCCGUUUAUCUGCUUCGCUCAAGAGGAGAGCAUGGGAGAAGAGGCUUGGGCGGCUCACCGAGGCCAAGACAGGGUCACCACCAGUGAAGCUGUGGCAACUAGAAAGGCUGUAAUAGACUGUGGAGCGACAAAAUCCAUUGGUUCAGUGCAGGCUCUUGAGAGACUGAUGCAGCUGAGCCAACAUGGAGUGAGUCAGGUGGACACAGCUGAUAGACCAGUAUUUGGUUUCGGAAACAAUUCCGAGGAUCGCUGCAUCUCCACGUUGCAUGUGAAGAUCCGUGCCGCCGAGAAGCCUGGAGUCAUGAAGAUUCACGCCCUCGAUCAAGGGGCUGGGCCAAUACUUCUUUCGGUCUCCACACUCAAAGCACUCGGUGCUAUGAUCGACUUCGCAGAAGGCACCAUGGUACUUCGUCAUGUCAGCAAUCAGCGCCUGUUGUUUCUGGAGGAAUCCCAAACAGGACAUCUCCUCCUGCCCUUGGUGGAUGACCUCCUUGCCGGUGCCAAGGUGCUGUCCAACUUGGGCGAGAACCCAGUCCCAAGCUGGACGAAGGUCGAGCUGCGCCACAGGAUUGCCGAGAAGACGGGAGAGGACAUGGCCCGCAACAUCAAGACCAAGCAGAAGGCCGAGUCUCCAUAUCAGCAGUUGAUCAAGGAGCUGAACCGGGCCUCAAACAAGAAGAAGGCAGAUGUCAUCGAGUUCUGCCAGACCAAGUUGGGCAUGUCAGAGACCCACAACAAGACGAUCCCGCAGCUCCAGAUGGACGCCAUGAAGAAGAUCAUG